CCUCUUGUCUUCUGUAGCAACCACAAGUCUCCGCCUCUCUCUCACAGCGCUAACCCGAUCCCCACUCACUCCAACUCCCCUGCCACCGCCAUCCUCCUCCCUAGCCCUUAUUCCCGACGUUUGUCCCAGCGAUAAUCCACCUCUUUUCGCAAGCGAUUUUAGAACUUUGUCCCGAAGAGAGAGAAAAAGGAUAAAACACCCAGAGAAGUGAAGAUCGGAGCGAACCAAAUACGUUUUAUAUUGCCCAGAUUGUUGGCCACGGCGGGGUGGAUAAAAGCAGGCUGAAAAAUACCAUAUGAUGUGGAUCUGGUACCUCUUGCUUGGUUCGGGGACGGGCUCAAGCUUGGUUGAGAGCCAGCUCCUUCCGGGGAACAAUUUCACCACAGACUGUAACAACCCAGGGAACUUCAUGUGUGGGGACGGGAAGUGUAUCCCAGGGGCGUGGCAGUGUGACGGAGUGUCCGACUGCUUCGACAAGAGCGACGAGAAAGGCUGCCCCAAGAUAAAGUCCAAGUGUGCUCCGACGUUCUUUGCCUGUGCCAAUGGGAUACACUGUAUUAUCGGGCGGUUCCGUUGCAAUGGCUUCAGCGACUGUCCUGACGGGAGCGACGAGAAGAAAUGCACAGGUAACCCGCUGGUGUGCCUGGAGGCCCGCUUCAAGUGUCGUAACGGGCGCUGUGUGGACCGCAGUUUCCUGUGUAACGGACAGGACAACUGUCAGGACAACAGUGAUGAGGAACACUGCCUCACCACCGCAGAAGCUCCAGGCCAGGACUUUGUAACCCUGGACUACCGCAACUACCCUAGCAUCACCUACGCAGUCAUCGGCAGCGCUGUCAUCUUUGUCCUGGUGGUGGCGCUGUUGGCCUUGGUUCUGCACCACCAGAGGAAGCGCAGCGUGCUGCUGCCCCGGGAGGUUCGGUCCUCCUACCACCACCACCACCACCAGCCCCUGCUGCUAUCCCGCGUGGUCAUCCUGGACCGGGGACACAUCCACCCAGCUGGCCCUGGCCUCUCCCCCACCUCCCCGUCUGCAGAAGCCCAGUUCAGUGCAGGUUCACAAGGGCUACAGAUGCUGUCUAGGACCCUCUACCCUGCUGACAUGUCCAUGGACACACCACCCUCCUACUCCCAGGCCGUGCUGGAUGUCAGCCGGCCUCCCUGGUUUGACCUUCCCCCGCCUCCCUACCUCCCAGACGGGGAUCUGCCGUCAGAAGGAGAGCUGCCCCAGUACGAAGCCCCCACAGAGCCCUCCACUCAGCCCAGCACACGUCUCUCUGAGCCCUCCACACCCAGAACUGUGGCCCCAGGCUUGUCCUGGCCUAGCUUCAGUGCCAGAGAAGAGUCGGACUAGCUGUAGUCCUCCUCUGAUGACUGCAUGUACAUAGGACCACAAUACCCAGCCUCAGGGCUGUGGAAGGCUGAAGAGAGAGGAGCUGUUCAAUUUGGGAAGACCCAAUGGAUUGUCCUGCCUAAUGUGAGAAUGAGAGACAAGGCUCUAGUCUACCGAUAACUACAACUGACUGACUAAGGCACUUGGAAUGAUUGCUAUUAUAUGCUGGCACCCUCUGCUGGAAAUUUCUCUACAUAUCCCCUGACUGGGUUGCUCACUUAUUCAAUCAAUCAAUCAUCAGUCAGUUGCAUUUCAUCUGUGGCUAUAUAGUGCUUUUUAUAAAUGAAUUUCUCAGUGUGCUUAACAACUUCAAGGCUCUAAACUUCCGAAGACAAAAUAAAAACUACCACAGCCUCCCAACACUAUGCAUCUCCUGUUGGACUGGUGAAGACCCUGGUUGGUGCGAGAUCCUGUAGCUUGGUUGUGUUGACUGGAUGGAUGGUCAACCUUUAUAGUACAGUCAUGCAUUAACAAUGUAGUAGGACUCACAGUAACUAACAUUGUUUGUGGUACUCAUAAAGGGUCAAAUGUCACAUGGUGUUACAGUAGCAGAUGUAUAUGCUGUGCAAACAUAGUGAAAGAGAUACAGGGUCAGAUCUGUAAUGUUACAAUUUAGCACAUUAGGACAACCAGCUAGCCACAGAAACAUGUGGGUAGUGGACACAUGGAUAUGGGGCACGUUUUCCUCCCAUCCAUAUUGCAUAAUGCUGGUUCUCUUCAAUCUCUGUUCUCAUUGGCCAUCUCUUUCAUUUCAUAGGGAUAACUGUAUUUCUUUGUCAUAGAGCACUUAUCAUGAUGGCUGGGUUUACAAGUAAUUCAUGUUUUGCCAUGAACUCAAAUGGAAGUAUUAUUUGAGGAAGAUAACGUUUGGAUAAAAAAUUAUCCUACUAAGGUCCUAGAGCAAGUUAGUUUUCAGGGUAUCUGGACCUUUUCAAAGCACUCAAAUAUAAGUUUAACGACUUUGUCUACUGUCCCACUCAGGGUCUAGUUUGACAAAAGUUUAUUGAGGACAUGUUCUAUUGCCAAUGAGGACAGUCCAUAUUGGUUUGUUUUGAUAUUUUAUCUGUUCAUAUCUGACUCUUUGGCAGAGAGGAGAAGAAUGUUCAGAUUGAACUUCUCGUCUGACUAGUGUUUUCAUGUUUAUUAAUGUUACACUUCUGCCUGAGAGCACAAGACAAACAUUUUGGCGGGGAAGAGAAAGUUACAUUUAAGGAUUCAUUUUCAUUAGUGCAUAAAGAGGAAGUGUAGAAAUACAUCAGUAGUAGCUUUGUCAGGAAAACAAAUGACGAGAACAUCCCCACAGCUAGAAUAUCUAACCAUAGAGAGUACAAGACCCUUCCACUUGGUACCUUGGAACACAAAUGUGUAGAUUGAAAUAAGCAUUUGGGAUCCUCCUCAAGUUAAAAACAUCAUUCAAGUCAGUGCACUAAUUACAGAAGCUGUUCAAUUGGCUCUUAUGUAGUCACUGAACAAAAAGAUCAGCCUUGUUCUCCUUGGUUCUAUAAUGAUGUGUUACUGACUGUACCAUGUACCACCUACCUCCAUGUUUUUCCUGACAAACUGAAAUUGUUGAUAGUCACAUAAAUGGUUGGUCAGAGUAUUGGUGUAUUUCAAUCAAUGCGAUAUGUCAAUCAGAAAAGUUUUUUUGCUCCACGAAUGACAUUUAGAUACAUUCAUUAUAUACAGUUUUGACUCCAUACAUAUUAACAUGUUAACCCUUUGUAGUGCUUAUUUAAACAGAAUUGUAUGAGAUCAAUGUCCUUACUGGUUGUUGAGGUAAAUCAAAUUAAAUCACAUUUUAUUUGUCACAUGCGCCUUACCAUGAAAUGUUUACUUACAAGCCCUUAACCAACAAUGCAGUUUUAAGAAAAAUAAGAGUUAAGGAAAUAUUUACUAAAAUAAACAUGUGUAAAUAAAGUUAGACAAGCAUUUUUGUAUGGAGCUCUAGAAGUGACUACCUACAGUGCCUUGGUUCAAAUGUCUCUCUUACUGUAUUUCUUUGAUUCAUACUCGACGAUAGGAUAGGAUCCCAACUGACUCAUAGGAUCCCAACUGACUCAUAGGAUCCCAACUGACUCAUAGGAUCCCAACUGACUCAUAGGAUCCCAACUGACUCAUAGGAUCCCAACUGACUCAUAGGAUCCCAAAUGCUCUAACUGCCAUUCCUAUUAUGCAGAUUAUUUUCUGAAUUUGCACCAUAGCUAUCUGACCGAUUCAAUUGACACCCAAUAAUGUUUGUUUGGAUAAAGAAGAAAAUGACACUUUUUUUUAUUUUUAUAAGUGUCCCAAUUCAUUGUUUAGAAAUGUGUAAAUUGCAUGGAAGACUGUCAUUGUCUCUCUGCCCCUGUCUGUCUGCCCACCCGCCCGCCCAGUAACUAGUAUUAUUCAUUGACUGACUAGUGAAAUGUCUAUCUGAAGGAUCUGUAAUGUAUUGUGGUUGUUGUGUCAUUUCAUUUCAGAACUUGUCAAGGGUUUCAUGUGACCAUGUAUGUAGAGAGAGAGAGAGAGAUAUAUUUAUUUAAAAGCAGCAUAUUUAGACUUUAAACUAAUAUAAUAAUAUUUAACUAUGAAACGUGUUACUUUGGAUGGUACCUGUGUCUUUUGUCCAUAUCCCCAGCAGUCAUCAGGCUGGUGGCAUUAUUAAACAACAUGGAAACCAAAGAUUAUCACUCAUCAUCCCCAUAAAACCCAGAAGAUAAGCCUUUACUCUCCAAAGUCCUAUCCAAAAACAGUGUUGUGCCUCGUUUUGUUUCAGAUACCUAGCUGACUAGAGAAUGAAGAGUAGUAUUACUCUUAUACAAAGGGGGAAAUCCUGUUCAUCACUAGAUAACUGGAGAAUGAUACUCAGUCUCAGGAUGAAUCUGCUCACAGCUGGGUUUUAUUCACUAGGAAGCAUCAGAAGCAAACAGGCUGAAACGGGGAUGACUACCUGAAAUUGUCCAAUAAAAAGUGUUUUUCUUUUUUCGUUGCAAAACGUUUUGCACUAAUGAAUAAAGUCCUGGUCUGUUGCGUUUCAGUUACAACACACUGUUACACUUUUCACGUCACUAUAUCCGUUUGGUUUGUGACAGUGAUUACUGAUUUGUUGUUCCACCCUGUUGGAUACUUGUUUCGUGUUUAUCAUUUAUUAAUGUCACCACCUUUUUGUUUGUAAUGAAAUAUAUUCUGUACAUUGAAAGUAAUAUAAAGUGUUUCUGA